AGUAGAGUAUUAGUUCGAAACACCUGUAGACGCUAGUAUGUGAUUGAAUAUUGAAAAUUCUUGGUCAAUACUUUUGGGUAGAUGCACACGUUUUGUCACAGAGCGUUGAGCAUGAAUCUGUCGGGUAGUGCGUCCGUGUGGUGUAGUGCGUGCCCCGUCGAUGCACCUUUAUAAACCGACCGAAAGGACCAAACAAAGGGAUUCCACUCGAUUCCGCUAUUGUAGUAAUAUAACGAGAAAGCAACAGCCAUACAAGUGCCAUAUUCAGACUUUUAAUAUACGUAAACAAGUGCAAUAAAAUAUAAGUGACACCUGUGAUAAGAUAUUCCGAUGCCAUAAAAUGACUCGUCGCCAGAUUGAUGAUAUGUCUUCCAAUUCGUCGCCGUCCCUCGACGCCGAUCACGGCAUGAUGUCGCCGCCGCCGCCCCAAGCGUCCCCCGCGGGCCGAUCGCCCAAGGAAGCGCCGGGCUCGCCGACCAUGUUGGCCACCAUGACGCCGGUCAACGUUAUGGAACUGAAGAAGGAAAUGGAAGAGGAAAGUGCCAUGGGCCGACCGCCCUUAUACGCUCAGGUUAAAACCGAAGUAUUGUACGAGAAAGACGACGAUAUUUACGCUCAAGGCAUCGCGGACAAAAGCGACACGCCGAUAGAUCUAAUAUACGAAGACGGCAACAAAACCGUCAUCUACACCACAGCGCCGGACCAGAAGGGACUCGAAAUAUAUUCCGCGGACAACACGGGGGAAAUAACGAUUAAUAACAUCAGCGCGCACCAAAUUCACGGCCAACAAAUCGCCGACGUCUUAAUCGAUGGUAAUACGAACGCUAUGGUGAAUUCUAGUGGAGAAACAGUCGGUAGUCCUCCAGGUACCGUUUCCGUCGUCCUGCAAGGGCAAUUGCAGUAUCCGCAAGUGCAAGUACCAGGAACCACCGUCUUAGUAUUGUCAGAGUUAGUUGAUGACGUCGGGGGUGUUCCGGUCGUCGGAUUAAGGUAUGUUCUCCUAUCAUUCUAUCAGAGACCUUUAAGUGAGUAG